AUGCCUGCCUCCACGCUGGAUCCGGUAAGCGCCGCGUUGCGCACCGCAUUAACAAAACCAAACGUAGAGAGCAGCUUGGAUGGACAACUUGCUGGUGCAACCAAAAAGGCACUACUGACAAAUAUUGAAUUUGAAUCAGCAGGCAGUUACCAGAGUAAUGUGCUGGACAAACUCAAGUCAAAGUAUAUUGUGCUAAAAGCUGCAUCAGACUCCAACAAUAAGCUAAAUAAAAGUAUAAAUGACAAUAGUGGCAAUGAUGAAACUCUACCAGCAGCAAAACAUGUGCUGUAUCCACAUGAUGCUGUUCAAUUGGGCUGGAAUAAUUCCGAUUGGGCAGUGGGUGCAGGCAUGGUGAACAUGGGCAACACUUGUUACUUGAAUUCAACAAUACAAGCCCUCUUUCAUGUGCCUGCCUUGGUGAAUUGGUUGGUUUCUGACAAGCAGAAAAUAUCUGAUUGUGAAGAUUCAGGUUCGCAUUGUGUGAUCUGUGCGAUGCGUAAAACCCUCCUUGACUCGCAACAGCGCAAUAUAAGCUCGAUCCGUCCUUUCCUGAUUUAUAACAAGCUGAGAGUAGUCUGCCGGAACCUGAUACCGGGCCGGCAGGAAGAUGCGCACGAGUUCCUCAGGUAUUUAGUGGAAGCAAUGGAAAAGUCGUAUUUAAAUCGCUUUAAGAAUCAUUCUCAGUUUGAUUCGAGAACCAAGGAAACGACUCCGCUCAAUCAGAUCUUGGGUGGGUACUUGCGUUCGGCUGUCAGGUGUCUGGCGUGCGGCAAUGUAAGUACGACGUUCCAGCACUUUCAGGACCUGCUUUUGGAUAUUAGAAAAGCGCAGACGCUCGAUGAAGCUUUGGACGGGUAUUUUGCGCGCGAGCAAUUGGACGAUGAGAGUUAUCAUUGUGAAGCGUGUCGGAAAAAGGUUAAAGCAACCAAACAGUUUUCGCUGGAGAAGGCGCCCAUGGUGCUAUGUAUACAAUUGAAGCGCUUUUCCGUGACAAACAACAAAAUAACUAAAAAUAUUCAGUUCAAACAACGACUUGAAUUGGGUAAAUUUGCACGACAGCGACCUAGUACCCCAUUGGUGUACCGAUUAGUAGCGAUGGUCACUCACAUGGGACCUACAGUUGGUUGUGGACACUACACGGCUGUCGCGCAAGCACCGUGCGGAAACUUUUAUCAAUUUGAUGAUAGCAUGGUUCGGCCAAUUUCUAACCAAGCUGUGUUCACGACAAACGCCUAUAUAAUGCUAUACGAAUUGGAGCGUACCGCGCACCUCAACGGAAACAAAAAGCCGACCAAGCCGACGGCGACAGUAUUACACACUGAAAACGGCUGUAAACAGAAUAGCAACGGUAAAGUAUACGGACCUGAACUACCUCCCGCAAAGACCGCCAAGCUGGAAGACCAGAACGGCACGAUUACAAGCAGUCGGAAUGGCCACGCUACUGCUAGCCCCACCUGGUCCAGCGACAGCGACUGCGAACCCAACAACUGCUCAAAAGAAAAUAAUACAAACAAUAUUAGAAUUAACUCGCCUAUCAAGAAUCAUUCGCACCCGCCACAGCAAAAUGGCGGCAAUACAUUCACGUUCAAGAAUAACCAUCAACCAUCCAAAUCAGUACUGAAUAAUAAAGCAAAUGGCCAUAACACGUCGACAUCAUCAACAUCAUCUAAUGGCAUCAAUGGUUCCGCAUCAACCCCAACUAUACCUUCGCAAUCACAAUCAUCGUCAUCAUCAUCGGUGGUGAGUUCCAGCCUUCAACAGAAGAAGAGUCUAGUUCCUUACGACGAUGAAGACGACGAUAGCAGUUGCGAUGAGGUCACGCCAGAUCCACCCGCGGCUUCACGUCCGAAAAUCAUUGCUAGCAAAGCCACGAAUGGAGAAUGGAGUGUUACAUCAUCAACCGAUGAUCAACCAUCAUCAACUUCAUCGAUAAAUGUCGUUGGUGAAUUGUUAAAGAAUUCACACGGUGGCUAUACAGCGCCUGUAGCUUCCUGGAAUGGCAGUAGAUCACAGCUGUCAAAAGAGGUCGCGAAUGAAAAGCGUGAGGAUAGAAAACGCGCGCUCAAUGACGAUGCCGAUACUGGUCGCGUAAAACACAUUAAAACAUCAAAUGGAAUGGGUAAAUCAAAUCCAGGCUAUAAUCCAUUCCAGGAGCACCACAACGCGAAAGUUUGGUCGAAUCAGAGUAACAGCAACAUGGGUGGGAAUAAUUCAUACGUGCGACCCUUCUACGGCAACAGGCGACAUCAGAACCACAAACGUUUUCAGCAUAAGAAUAACUACCACAAGAGUUAUCGUUAUAGGAAUUAAUUCUUUGAUUCAUUGUGAUCCGUUCAUUAUUGAUUUAAGCGCGUUGUGUGGUUAGGUAAAUAUGUAUAUUAUGUAUGGAAUAAUGGUGACAGCGACGCGAAUGCAGCAGAAACUACUAACACUUAAGUCUGAACUAUUUCCGCUCUUAGGAAUGAACAUUUUCUAUUUGUAGCGAAUGAAUCAAUGCAAAAAAAAAUACGAUUAAUUCAUUAAUCAGCCUACAUUCAUACAGCAACGACACAACACUUCCUGUUCAUGUUUAGUUUUUGUAUCUUUUCAUAUUGAAUACCCUGUAAUUUAAGUCAUUGCUUUUAAAUCUGAGUUUUACUGCGAAUGUUUUGUGCAUCAUGUAGUUACAUAAAUUCGAUUUGCAUUUAUUUAGCUGUUCGAUUCAACGGACGAAUUCCGUGCUAAUGUGUAAUUUAUUUGUUAAACAAUAUUGUACAGGAUUAUUAUUAUUAUUAUUAAUGAAUCUUUGUUGUAAGCAUGUGGAAGAGUUGUGUGCAUCGCAAUCGAUGACAAAUGAUUGAGAUUGCAUAUUUACACACGACGUUUAAGUACUCCAAUAUGUUUAAGUGAAGUGUAAAUGAAAAUACGACGAAUUUCAGUUAUUCAAAAAGAUGAUUAAAUACAUAUGUCAUUACACAGUAUGACACAUUCUAAA